CUGUGUGAUUGGUGCUCGGCUGGUUCUGUCUGCCCGCGCUCACUUUCGCUUUGCCCUCCCCCUGGCGGUGGACGCGCUCGGCGCUCGGCUGGGUUGAGGCUCUCCGGAGCGGGAGGCGCGCGGCUCAUCAUGGCGUCGGACGGGAUGAUCUUAACCAACCACGAUCACCAAAUCCGGGUCGGGAUAUUAACAGUGAGUGACAGCUGCUACAGAAACCUGGCUGAAGACCGCAGUGGAAUUAACCUUAAAGACCUUGUUCAUGACCCAUCCCUGCUUGGAGGCAUAAUCUCUGCAUACAAAAUAGUCCCUGAUGAGAUAGAGGAGAUCAAGGAGACACUGGUUGACUGGUGUGAUGAGAAAGAGCUCAAUCUUAUCCUGACCACUGGAGGAACUGGCUUCGCCCCACGUGAUGUCACACCAGAGGUACAUGGGGGCCCACCCGUUUGUGUUUGUGUCCAUGCCACUCGGGAGGUGAUUGAGCGUGAAGCUCCAGGGAUGGCCUUGGCCAUGUUAAUGGGCUCUCUAAAUGUCACGCCGCUGGGCAUGCUGUCCAGGCCGGUGUGUGGAAUCAGAGGCAAAACUCUCAUCAUUAAUCUGCCUGGUAGCAAGAAGGGCUCUCAGGAGUGCUUUCAGUUCAUCUUGCCCGCCCUGCCCCACGCCAUCGACCUGCUCCGUGACGCCGUGGUGAAGGUGAAGGAGGUGCACGAUGCUCUGGAGGACCUGCCCUCACCUCCUCCGCCUCUUUCUCCUCCUCCCGUCACUAGUCCUCACAGGCACACUGAGGACAAGGGCGUCCAGUGUGAGGAGGAAGAGGAGGAGAAGAAGGACAGCGGCAUCGCCUCCACAGAGGACAGCGGCUCCUCGCACAUCACCGCCGCCGCCAUCGCCGCAAAGAGUGUGACGUCCCAUCCCAGCCAUGCUGUUGUCAUGUCUAAAGGUGGGCUUCCCCUGACUGGCAUCACCCCCUCCACCACCACCCUCCCCUCUCAUUUCACCUGCUCCUGUAGUGAUAAGAUACCCGACUCAAUCAUUUCGCGGGGCGUUCAGGUGUUGCCCCGGGAUACGGCGUCUCUCAGCACCACGCCCUCGGAGUCUCCACGUGCUCAGCAGUCCCGCCUCUCCACCGCCUCCUGCCCAACACCCAAAGCGAGGCUCACCUCCUGCUCAUCCACCUGUUGUGUCACACAGGCUUCACGGAGAGAGUUCAGGGCGCACUUGGAUGAGGUCGUCACGCUCAAGUCAAGGUACUCUACCUUGGACCAGCUCCACUCUAGGCUGGAGGGGCUCAGGGCCGAUCGCAGGAGCCAUAGGACCUACGACUCGCGAGUGCAGUCGCGGUGUGGCAGCAAAGAGAACAUCCUGAGAGCAAGUCAUAGUGCAGUGGACAUCACUAAAGUGGCUCGGAGACACAGGAUGUCCCCCUUUCCCCUCACCUCUAUGGACAAAGCCUUCAUCACUGUGCUGGAGAUGACCUCGGUCCUGGGAACUGAGAUCAUCAACUAUAGAGAUGGAAUGGGUCGAGUUCUGGCUCAGGACGUUUACGCCAAAGACAACCUGCCUCCUUUUCCUGCCUCAGUUAAAGAUGGAUACGCUGUUCGAGCUGCUGACGGCCCAGGAGAUCGCUUCAUCAUCGGGGAGUCCCAGGCCGGGGAGCAGCCCACUCACACAGUGAUGCCGGGUCAGGUGAUGAGGGUGACGACAGGUGCUCCGAUCCCGUGUGGAGCUGAUGCUGUGGUGCAGGUGGAGGAUACAGAGCUCCUGCGAGAGUCUGAAGACGGCACAGAAGAACUGGAGGUCCGGAUUCUGGUGCAGGUGCGUCCAGGGCAGGACAUCAGGCCUAUAGGUCAUGAUAUAAAGCGUGGGGAGUGCGUUCUGGCAAAAGGAACACAUAUGGGUCCUUCAGAAAUCGGCCUCCUCGCCACUGUGGGUGUAACAGAAGUGGAGGUGCAUAAGUUCCCUGUUGUAGCAGUCAUGUCCACUGGCAAUGAAUUGUUGAACCCUGAAGAUGAUCUCCAUCCAGGGAAGAUCAGAGACAGUAACCGAUCUACACUGUUGGCCACAAUCCAAGAGCAUGGCUACCCCACUAUUAACCUCGGCAUCGUCGGAGACAACCCAGACGACCUUCUCAACGCCCUGAACGAGGGCAUCAGCCGAGCAGACGUCAUCAUCACGUCUGGAGGAGUAUCCAUGGGCGAGAAGGACUACUUGAAGCAGGUUCUGGACAUUGACCUCCAUGCACAGAUUCACUUUGGUCGGGUGUUUAUGAAGCCAGGCCUUCCCACCACCUUCGCAACCUUAGACACUGACGGCACUCGGAAGCUGAUCUUCGCUUUGCCAGGUAAUUUCACCUACAGAGACACAGGGGCGACUCUCCUCGAGGCCGUGCCCAUGAGCGACAGCGAGGCCAGCAGGCUGCCUGUGGCUCCGCCCCCACGCGGAAGUAACCCUGUGUCCGCUGUCGUCACCUGUAACCUGUUCGUCAUUCCUGCGUUAAGAAAGAUGCAGGGUAUCCUGGACCCACGGCCCACUAUCAUCAAAGCCAGGCUGUCCUGUGAUGUAAAGCUGGACCCCCGUCCGGAGUAUCAUCGCUGUAUAUUAACGUGGCAUCACCAGGAGCCUCUGCCCUGGGCACAGAGCACAGGAAACCAGAUGAGCAGUCGGUUGAUGAGCAUGCGCAGUGCCAACGGACUUCUAAUGCUGCCUCCCAAAACAGAGCAAUACGUGGAGCUGCACAAAGGAGAGGUGGUGGACGUGAUGGUCAUAGGACGGCUAUGAUGCUGUCUUAGGAGGACCAGUAAGCCCAGAGCGAAGUGGUGCAUGUCCACAUAUCAUUUACUACUCUGUAAUAUGCAACGGCACAGCAAGUUUUUAUCGAUUUGGAUAAUGAUGAUCAAGUAUAAUCAUAUAAACAUUUUGAAACAAAAACUUCUGAACAAAUUUAUGAGUAUUUCAAGACUUCAAAGACAUCCUAGUAUUUCAAAGAAAGAAAGAUAUACCUUUUAAAGAAGAUAUAUAUAUAUAUAUAUAUAUAUAUAUAUAUAUAUAUAUAUAUAUAUAAGAAAGAAAAGAGAUUUAUUCUGUAAUAUAUUAUAAUAAUAUAAUGAUUAAUAUAAUUAUAUAUAUUAUCAUCAUCAUAUUAAGCAACUCUCCUCUGUCUUUCAUCGCAAUUGCUUUUGUGUGCUCAGUGCUAGACCUUAUAGAUAGCAGUAGCAUUUUAAUAAAGAGCUGUAUGCGCCUGUCCAGAUUACAUCACUGGAAAAGAUUUAUUUAUUUUUUUUUUUUUUGAGGGACAGAACCGCUCGAGAUGACAGCAGAGUUUUUUCUCGGUUUCCCGUCUCUAUCGGACUCAUUCAACACCACUCGGUGCACCGAGGUGACCCAGCUUUUUUCCCUUUAGUAUUAUACUGUAUGCUCCAUUGAAGCUUCAUUGCACUUCAUAAAGGCCUCACAGAACUGCUUUGCUUGUCGUUUAUCUCGUGAGUCGUGUUUAUGUGCGCGGUGCCAAAGGCCUGGGCCGGGGAGGGAGUGGAGUGUGGUUAUGAAACUGAGAGACAAACGUUUGAUUAGUUUAUCAGUGUGGACUAAUGGUUAAUUUAUAACAGCAGCGCUUUGUAAUGGGCAUUUAAAUCCAGAGUUUAGCUUUUUCUUUUUUUUUAAUUAAAGCAGUUAAAUGUUGACUAAUCGACUAAUUAAAAGAAUCAUUAUUAGAUUAGUUGACUACCAAAAUAAUCAUCAGCCCUGUUAGCCCUACUGUUCACAAAUGACACAUCUGUGUCACCCAUAUAAUGUAAAACAUUGGAUUUGGUCCACAUUUACCUGCUGUGUCUAGUAGUAAAAUGCACAUAUGUUAGUGCAGUUUCUGUUAUCCUAGCUACUGAUUAUAUGGAAGGUACAUGUUCGAUUUGUGCUGCUGAAACACAUGAAAGAGCUGGAGCGGUCGGUCCGGCAGACUUCCUCGGUCCAAAACAUCCAUCAUAACCAUCUCUCUUCAUCGCUCCGCCCUUAUUACUCCCAACCCUGCCCUAUACCCCACCUCUUUAACCAGCCCCACCCACUCCUAGAGGCUGAGGGAGCUGGGACCUUUUAUUUCUUUGACUUUAAAAGGACAAUACAGCUUAUUUAAUUGCUGACAGCCUUUUUAACCUAAAUAAAUAAAUAUAUAAUGUACAGUCAAAACAUAUAUACAAACAAACAUAGAAAAGACAACGAACACGAGAGUGGUGAUGUACAGAUGUGUGACCAGCACUCCUUAUGGAAUAUAUUGAAGCAAUGAGGAGACAAAACUCUGUACUAUAAUAACUUUUUUUCUGUAAUGAUAUUCAAACUGAUGAAAUUAAAAUCCUUGAUCAUUCUGUAAAAAACAUGUGGUUCAGUUUCUCUUUUUAAAAUAAACAUUGAAAGAUG